CAAACAACUCUCCAUUUCUGAAAAAUAAUGGUGCGUCCCAACAAUAGAAUGAUGUUACAGAUGUGUUUUAACUCUUGUUCAUAUGUCUAUUGAGUUAAGUAGUUCCACAGACUUGAUUUGACCCAGUAAUUCUUCCAGGUGUGUCCUGAUAGUAGGUGUUUUUAUGUGCAGUGCAGGAAUUGCGUGUCAUGCUUCCACACCGUGACCAGAACAUGGUACAGAUGCCGACAUCAACAGACAUCUGAAGGAUGAUUGCUGCAGGGCGUGUUGCCUCGUCAUGUGCAGCAGACAUGUACCUACUGUGUCACUUGCCGUCCACACCCACUUUAAUUGCCAUUACAAAUUUUCAUUCCGGCUCAUGAAUCUGUACUCUGUGACCCGAGGCGGCCAUCAUGCUUCAUUCAGAUGAACCAAGGGCUUGCUGGAUGCCAGUCGAACCAACCAGGCAACUAGACCACCGUUUGUCCCUCUGACAACACACCAGCAAUACAAGACUCACCAAACAGUAGCCUGCAGUAUCCCUCAGUAUCUCACGAGGCUGUUCCACUUCCGUCUGUUUCCGUGGACAGUACAAUAAUGUGAACAGUUGUGUUUUGUAAUCUGCUGUUUGUGGAUCGUGCGUAGAAGUCAGUAUGGGUCAAACAGGCAGUGCCCAGCUUGAGACCCUGCCUCAUGCCGUCCAGGCUCAGCCUCUUCCUGUCAAGAAGGUGCCUCCUCCUCGUCCUUUAUCUCCACCCAAGCGGCCUCGUAGUCCGUGCAAGAACCCCAAGUAUGCUGUGCCUGAGAACAAGGUUCUUCCCGUGGGAGGACUGCCUCAGAGGAGACUGCGGCCGGUGUCACAGGAAAUGUCCAAGCAGCAUCCAGAGUUCGCGGAGUUGUUCCACAAAAAUGACUUGGAUGAUGAAGAAGAGAGAGAUGCAGAGGAGGAUAUGGAUGUUAGUGAUGAUGGUGCCAAGACAAGUGAUAAUUACAAACCAUCGUUGCCUGGUGAGGGUAGGAAUGUGAAAGACAUUGACACUGAGAAAAAGACAAUUUUUGACAAGAAGACUGAUGUAACUGUCAGUGAGCAUCCAAACGGUGUUGUUUCUAUUAGAGGUCCUAGUAGUGACGGCCUUCUGAAUGAACAAUCAGCUGAUUCUGGACUGAGACGGACUCAUUCACUUGAUCGGGCACCGAUGAAGCCCCGUGGCCAUAGGCGUCACCCUUCAAAGACAAUGAGUUUAAUUAAUGAGGAACAUACCAUUUUUGAGGACCCUAGAGAAAGUCUGGCUGAGACUAGAGAUCAUUUGUAUGACAACUGGAGAAAAGAACCUUACACUAAUGCUACACCAACUGGUGUGUCACUGCCUGUAAGAAGCAACUUUGAGAUUGAUGUUACAUACAACAUGACAUACGCCCAGUUGGCUGAACAUCGGAGACAGAAGUACCUGGAAGAAUUAGAGAAAAAGACUGGUAUCAGUGUAGGCAAACUACAGACUGAUCUAGCAGAUAAUAGUAAUGUUCAGUAUAAUCCAUUUCUGCGACAGGCUUCACGUGAGUCCACACGAAGUACCAGCACCGCUAGUUCUGAAACGGGGGUGAGUAAGCGUAAGAAGAAGAGAGCUCCACCUCCUCCAGGAAGUAAAGUUGAAGAUAAUGCUGACGAGCCACCUAUUGACUACGACAUGGAUGAACCUCCAGUUCCAGUAGGGAAACAGCACCAGCGUCGUAUGUCAGUAGCAUCAAAUGCCUCCAUCCUCAGCACCAAGACAAAAGCAGCUCCACCACCCCCGACCAAUGUCUCCAACAUUCCUACAGCUCCUGCACAGAUGGAGCUAUCAUCAGCUACUGUUGUUUCUUCAGUUGUACCUCCUGCUGAGGCUCCAAAACCCUCUGUAUCAACUCCUUCCGCAUCUGUUACUCUGCCCCCUAUGACAUCAGCACCUCAACCUCCUGUGUUGUCACCACCUUCUGUGACAUCACCACAACCAGCUCCUGCGACGUCACCACAACCACCUCCUCAAUCUUCUCCCCCUCCUCCACCAACUUCUCUUCCCCCUUCCUGUACACAGGCCUCUGUGAAGUCAGUGGCGCCGAGUGAUGAAGAACAGCAGGCUAUUAGUAAACUAGAUGAACUCAUUUCAAGUAGGACUCCUGACAACAACCCUACAGAGUCAGAUAAUGAUGAUUCAGAAGGUGAUCAUGAGAAGGAGGAUGUGAAUAAUCCAACAUUGAAGAGCCCAGAAAAGAGGCUCAAUUCUCUCGUCAAUGGCCAUGGUGAGAGUGAAGGAUAUUCUGACAGAGUACGUGUGUUGAAACCCAAGCUGCCACCAAUCACUCUAGAGAAGCCUAAGGAUCAAAAUGAAAUGUUCCGGGAGCAGUUAGCCAGGGCUUAUGAGGAUCGAGCAAAGAGGAGAGAGGAAGACCUAAGAAGGAAGGAGGAAGAGAGAAAGAAAAAGUUGGUUGAUCAAGACGAAGAGGAGGAAAAAAAUAUGUCUGCUAGGUCAGACAAGAAGCAUGGUGAAUCGGUGGAGAUAUUGAGAAAGUUGAGUCAAGACUUGGACAAGAAGUGGAUCAGUAGCAGCCGAUCACGUUCUCCAGAAGUCUUCUCCAGUCAUGAAACAGAUGAUGAUGACUUGUCCUCUGAAGAGAUCAAAACUCCAGGACACCACAGAGUUUUCUCUGAAGACUGGACCCCUGAGCAUGACCUUGAGUCAGAUGAUGACAUUGAAGACAGACAUACUGCAUAUUCACAUCAAAGAAGCACUUCUGAAGGCUUCAAGUCAUCCAUGGUUCCAACCAAAUUCAAUGAGUUAAAGAAAAAUAGUAAAGGAAAAUAUAUCCGCAAACAGUCAGAAUCAUCAAAUGAUGAUAAAAAUAAGUAUGGUAGUAUUAGAAAAUUGAAAAAGACGGUCAACAAAAGUGUUAGAAAUGCUUUUGGUUCUUUAAGUCGAGCUUCAGGAAAACUGCUUCGGAAGCAGAAGUCGAUGGAUUUGGAUUCAGAUGUUGCUCCUCCUCCUCCACCACCUCCCUCAAACUGGCAUCUCUCUGUGUCAUCAAAUCAGCUGAAUGGACCGCCAAGACCAUUAGAAAGGCGUUUAUCACAAGGUAAUAUUCUGACUUCAGAAGAGGAGAGCUCUGAAGAGGAAAAUGAACAGCAACAACGGAUGUCCUCCCAGUUGGAAAGUUUAAAUCCUGAACUGAAUGGGUACAUCCCAGGACAAACUAAUUCCUUGCAGCGUGGAAAUAUUGGGAUUGAAACAACACUGGGGUAUCGGCUUUAUAAGAAGAAAAAUAAGAAGAAGAAUGGGUAUAUUCCUAAUGCUCAGCAACAGCAUGACCCUAGGGAAGUGUUUAUGUCCGAACAGAUCAAGGAGAAGGAGCGUCAGAUUGAGAUGGAGAAACACAGACAGCUGGAGAUGGAGAAGGAGAUGUUACGACUUAAAGCUUUGGAGCAGGAGGAACGGUUCCAGCGUCUCCAGACAGCUCACUUCCACCAGCAGCUCCAGAUUGUGCAACAGAACAUGUCAACUGGAGGAUCCACCAUCAGCGCUCCCCCACUCCCACCAGCGGAAGGCUUGCAUGGCUACAACAUGCCUGGCUAUCCAGGUCAGCCUCAGGCGUACCCUCACAUCAUGAAUCAGGGUCAGCCUGCUGUCACACAAGUGCUUGAAACACCUUUCGGUAACGGAAGUAGUGUGCCAACUUUGCCCAACCUUACCUCAAUCGAUAUCAACUACCUCACCAAUCUGAUGAGGAUGAAUGGCGUCCAGCCUCCAACAUCUUCUCAACAAUGGGCCUACCUGCUAAAUUCAGUCAGUCAUUCUGCACAGCCAAGACAAGGCAAGUCCAUGUACAGUGGUCCCGACCUUUCAUCCCAGUCUCAUCAAGUAAAGAGCAUGUAUGUCACAACUCCUGGUCCUGACCUCACAAAGAUGUUCACAGGAAGGUGUCUCGAUGACAAUCACAUGGCAACUCAGAAGCAUAACAUGAUGGAGUUUCUCGGUGCCAGAGGACAAUCGCAGAGCUUCUCUAGUCUGGACCGCCAGCAUGACCCUAGUGAGAUAAACAGUCUCUUGCAGGAGUACCAGCGGUCAGCAAGCCUGCAUGCACCAUCGGCGCCAUCUCUGUCAGAGAAAGCGAAGCAGAGGUCGAACCCCAUGUACUACUCCAGUGAUGAGGAGGACCUGUCCAGUGGGUUAUCUCCAGCUCGUACAGGUCGCAACUAUGUGGCAAGUGUUCAUGUGAAGGACUUUCGAAACAUGCCACAGGUACAGCAGCAGGAUGCUUACAUGAAGGCUGGGGAUGUUGGAGGGUCUGUGUAUUCUGCAUACCAUGUUCACGGCCUCCCAACACACUUGCCAAGGUCUCCACGAGAAGAGGAUAGUUCAAGUGGAGCAGAUCGCUAGUUCAGAUUGCUAUCUUGGACAUGUAAAAGCAGAUUGCUAGUUCAGACUGCCAUCCUGGAUGUGUACAAGCAGAUUGCUAGUUUAGACUGCCCCAUUGGACGUGUAAAGUACAUUGCUAGUUCAGACUGCCAUCUUGGACGUGUACAAGCAGAUUGCUAGUUUAGACUGCCCCAUUGGACGUGUAAAGUACAUUGCUAGUUCAGACUGUGAUCUUGGACAUGUAGAAGCACAUUGCUAGUUCAGACUGCCAUCUUGGACGUGUGGAUGCUGAUUAUGUUCCAGGCUGGCAGUUGGUGGAGUGCUUGCCUUCAUCAUCAUGCUGCACUUAGUAUGUACGGACAUGUGUGUGUGGAACACAGAUGCUGUGUGGAACGCCCUCCUGACUUCCAUGGGAGGAAUGGUUUCCUCACCACAUGGGUGAGAUGACAACGUGUGUGUCCCGACAGGAUGCAUGACAGGAGGAGGAGGAGUUCCUCACACAAGACGUUGAUUUAGAUGUGGAUCAGACUAAGUUGAGCAUGUGUACAGACACUUUCAGAAUGUGUACAGACAGUCAGUAGAAUGUGUACCGAUACUUUCAGAAUAUAUACAGUUAUAUCAUUCGGUGGAUAUAGAUUUAGUCUCAUCAUGUACACAGAUUUCAUGGAAGUAAACAGAAGUAUACAGAUAGAGAACUGUGAUAUAUACUUGUCUUCCUGGAGGCCUGGAUUUCAACUUACAAAAUGUUUGCUGUUGAUUCAUACUGGCUGGCAUUUGGCAAAGUAAAUCUGAUGUGUGAACCCAGUGUGCGUAGCAAGGAGAAGUCCCCUGUAACCAGACAGUUAUUGGUUCACAUGAAUGUUUGGCCAGAUAUGACAGUAACAAGACAAACACAGAUAUGUCCCUGGUAUGAUAAACAAGAUAUGUCCCUGGUAUGAUAUAUAAAGGAUAUUAUAUGAGUAUUCAUGUCAUACUAUGUUUACGACAUGAGUGUCUCAAUUUCGUAAUUUACCGAGCGAGAGUGAUGGAAAUACCUGAAUUUAGACUUGAGUGUCGUAAACAUAGUAUGACUUGAACACAUGAUAAUGUUCUAUUUAUUACUGAAGAAGACUACAUACAGAGAUUUACCUAUUAGGACAGCAAGUCGCAACAGCAGCGGAACCACAAUUUGUUGACAGCCUAUUUUAAUAUAUACAUAUAUUGCUUUAAUAUGGAAACUCAGUGCUGGCUACAAAUACUGAAGUAUUAUUCAGCAUGAUCUAGAAACAUAACACCUUCCAGAUUGUAUAAUUGAUACAGAGGUGGGAGAGUUAUAGGUUUGUUGACAAAUGGCAUGUGUUUGCUAAUUAUCAUUACCUGUGUGUACGUGUAGCAUAAAUGUGCAAUAUGAGGAUAUAGGAGGAGAUUUACUCCCUUGUGCAAGAUUCAGCAGUGAGGUUUUUAAUUGUAUUUUCUAGCAAAACUGUGUUUCUUCAUUCUGAUUGUAUACAUGUACAAUUCUGAUUGUAUACAUGUACAAUAUCAAUGGUUGUGACCCAGACUGAAUAUUGUCUGUUUGUCUGAUCACUACUGUGUCCCUUCAAAUGCUUGGCAAUAGAAUAUUUUCCUCUGUGCAAAUUUGUAAUACAAUAUUUAUUAGUGGGGACAGCUUUUGCAAUGCCACUUGUUUAGGUUGUUCUCUGACUGUGAUACGACUGUAUCCAUUAUGUUUAAAACCCUCACGUGUAACUUCAGCUGUCAGCUUUACCUUGUCAAGGGAAAUUAAUCCAGAGUGCCACUGUGAACAUACACAGGUAAUUUGGGGGGAGUUUGUUGCAGUGAAAAGUUCUGUCAACCCAGGAUAUUUUCUUUAAAGAGAAGUUUUACCAUUUUACCAAAUCUUACGACAUACGAUGACAGUCAGUUUUUUUUCAACACACAUUCGCACUUAAACAUCUUCACAUUUACACUGACUUGUUUGUGCAGUGCCGUACACUGCUACCCAUUGAGUUGGUCCUCCUUCGUUCCCUCUUCCACAUACUGACACUACUUCCCUACCUUAGCUAGCUGAUAGUGAUCAAUUUGUUGACAUCUUUAGAAGAGAUUUCUUAUUGAACAAUUUUAACGACUUCUUUUAUAUGAAAAAUUGAAAGAUAUAUGUAUGUAACAGAAAAAGAAAUUCAAUUAAAUUUUAUGUAUUUUUUAUUAUUAAUAUCCUUUGUUCUCUUGUAUUAAAUUGUAAGAGGUGGACUUUUUUGACUGAAGAGGAUGAGGAGGGUAGUUUUUACAGAAAGCAGCUGCAGAAUGAGCCUGUCAUUGCUUAGUGACUAGUAGCAAAAUGUUUUAGUUUCCCGGACGUUUGAACUAUGUUUGUUCAAUACCGCUCACGAACAGAUAUAACUAUUGUGUAUGUAAGUAAGAUAUAUGGAUGAACAACCUCUGUAUUACAAUCAGGAGCAACAUGUUGGUGGAGGUUCUUACAACGUUAUCAAGCAGUGUUGCUCCUAAUUGUAUAAAGAAGUUGUUCAUCCAUAUAUCUCAUCAUUACUUAGUACUCCAACUUCUACUUGCCCCUCAAAGACGUUAUUUGUGUAUGGUUGUAAUAAGUGCCCCCCUUUGUAAAUUGUCCGAGUGCCAUGGGUGUUAAUUACAGCUAAUACAGUAACUGCACACCUUGUUCAGAAUGCCAGCCAUUCUUCCCCACACUAUAUGUACAUCGACACAUCUGUGUUGACACUAAGCCUGGGACUGAUGUACAGCUGUUUUCGAGAUGCCUUAUUCAUACUAAGUCUGUAUGCAUUAGCAUCUAUUCCAUAUACCAUAUAUUACUGCUUUUUGUAUAUAGAAAAAAAGGUUUCAUUUUAAAAUCAUGUCAAUUCAAGUUAAAAACUGGGCAUAAAUAUACUUGUAAAUUUUUAAAAUUCAUGAUUUCUGUAUUACAGAAAAAGAUUAUGAAAUUAUAAAACAAACCUUUUAGAUGAGGAAAGAGGCACAGAAGCCAAAUCAAGUUUGUAUAUUGAUACUAAGCAGGACGUUAUGGAAACUGGUGAUGUGUUAUGACUUGGGAAUCUGUGCCAUGUCUUACAGAUGUCGAGUAGUAUAGUGUGCUAGCGGCAGGGUGAUGUAUCAGGUGCAAACUGUAGCAUAGGAGCAUAGCCACUCUCAUAUCCACUCUCAUAUCCACUUUCAUAUCCUACAGGACUGUGCAUGUAACCAAGGAACAAUGUUCUAAAGAAGUGACAAUAUUCUACAUUUAUAGCCGGAUUUCAUUGUGCCUUUUAAGUAUAUUAUACAUGAACGGUAUCACAUUCUAUUUGUCUAUAGCCAACAGAUAUGACCUUCCUCGUUGAUUAUAUCAUAUGGUCAUAUUUACAUGUGUGAUAUAGGGUCAUAUUUACAUGUGUGAUGUGAUAUAGGGUCAUAUUUACAUGUGUGACAUAGGGUCAUAUUUACAUGUGUGACAUAUGGUCAUAUUUCACAUGUGUGAUAUAGGGUCAUAUUCUUAUUUAUUUGGUCGACCUGUGAAGAUCCAGGGUAGAAUAGGUCUUCAGCAACCCAUGCUUGCCAUACAAGGCGACUAUGCUUGUCGUAAAAGGUGACUAACGGGAUCGGGUUGUCAGGCUCGC